GGCGUAUACACUUCGUGUUGAACUCUGAAGUCGAAACUACAAGAAAGAGAAUGCCAUUCGCGAGAAUAACUCAUUCUAUGACUCAAGUCCACUACAAUUCUUAAAACCAUUUAAAUGAAUGAGUUUCUGUCCUAACGUAAUCUGUCAUAAAUUUUGUUAUGCGAUUGAUGAACUAUGGCAAAUAGGGUUUUAUGUCAGAGCGCAUGGACCAAAGUGGCUGUAAUAACUCAGGAUUCUAGAAGUUCUUGUUCCUAUAAUUGGAAAGUAAGUCAAUGGUCAGCAGAUAAAAAUGCUAGAACCUAUUAAACAUGUCCUCAACAGUCAAAGGAUUGUGUUGGCAAGUACAUCACCAAGACGUCAAGAGAUACUAAGCAGUAUAGGUUUAAAUUUUGAAAUUUGUGGCUCCAGGUAUGAGGAAAAUUUAGACCCAUCACAGUUUCCUGACCCUUCACAUUUUGUGUUGGAAACAGCUUACAAUAAAGUUAUGGAAGUAGUAGACCGAUUGAAAACAGAGACUAGGCCACCUGAUUUAAUAAUAGGUGCAGAUACAGUUGUUUCACUAGACGGGAAAAUUUUUGGUAAACCAAAAACCAAAGAAAAUGCAUUUCAAACUCUUGAAAAGCUUAGUGGAAGACCACACACUGUGUACACAGGAAUAAUUGUAGUCAAAAAGGAUAAAGUUGUGAAGUUUUGUGAAAGCACCAAAGUUUACUUUGGCCAACUUACACCUGAGAUAAUCAGUGGCUACGUAAAAACAGGAGAGCCAAUGGAUAAAGCUGGAGGCUAUGGGAUUCAAGGUCUGGGAGGAAGUUUAAUUGAAAAAAUAGAAGGAGAUUAUUAUACAGUUAUGGGACUACCUUUGCAUUCAUUGUGUAAAAAUAUCCUUUCUCUUUAUAAAGAUGCAGAAGUUUCAUAGUAUAUGACUGCUCUUUUGAGGUCACUGCUUAUUUCCAUUGCCUGAGCCUACGGUAGUGUAAGUCAUAUUUUAUAGAGUUGAUAUAUGUGAUGUACGAAUUUUUGCUGUUCAGCCAAUUGAUGUGAGUGAGUUUAUUAUUAUCAAGAACAAGAAUCACAACAAUACAUUUCUUUAGCACCUUGU